AUGUCGGAAUAUCGCAGAGAAGCUUUGAAAAACAAGUACGGCGGAUUACCCUCUGUUCCGAAACGGCCAGGGAAAAGUAAUUUGUAAGUAUAAAUAAAGAUUUAAUUUUCUGUGAUUUGUAUACCGUUUGAUCUGAUUCUUUCCCUCACUCAGUGCUCCUGGUGGAAUUCGCCGGAAGAGAGAUUACACGCCGCUGUCAUGGGAAGGGUAUUUCGAAACUUCAAGAGAUGUUCGGGUCAGCGAAAAAAAUGUAUCCUUUCUUCGUUGAUCGAGGUAGACUCUUAUGUACUAUUCUGUUACUGAAUGCAGACUUGUUACAAAAUUCGUACACUCAAACUUUUAUUUUGAACAAGUAAAUGUGCAUGCAUAAACACAAAGCUAGAGAUGUCAGAGGUAAGACUGAAACUUUGUUUUGUUUUGUUUUAUGAACUUUAUUGGUCUGAGUCUCUCUCAAUAAAUAGUUACAGUAACGAAAAAAAUAAUACUAAAAAAAGGCCAAAAGGUAAGGGGCAAACGGGACCUCCCAUGCAGGGCACUUCCCGACUAAAUCAGUAAAAAUCUUAAGAAAUGUGUAUUAAACUAUAGUGGCACUCGCAAUUACGUGCAAGACCCCAUGAACUUCAAAGACAUUUGCUAAUUCAUCUUUGUACUAUUCUUAAAAGUCUAAAUGUUUAGAAAGUCACUGGGUUGAAUUAAUUUACAUAUUUGGUUCCAUAAUUUAAUACUACGAUUAAAAAAUGAACAUGUAAUAAAAUUACUUAACAUGGUUUUAAGAUAUUUCGAGUUUACCAGGCUGGAAGUAAUGGACCGUUGUUACUGUUGCUCCAUGGUGGAGGGCAUUCUGCUUUAUCAUGGGCUGUCUUUACAGUGAGUAUAAUUCAAAGUUUAUACUCUGUGACUCACUGAGUUAUUAUUAUUUUAUAAAUUACACAUUUUAAGCAUUGACAAUCUGUUGAUUAGUCAAGUUGAAACAAACAAAUCCCAGAUUUCAUGAAAUUCUUAACUGAGUUACCACAAAGCUAAGGUUAUUCAAAUAUGUAUGCAAGGAGAAAAGUGCAUAUGCAGUUAUAUAUUUCAAUAUAUAUUAGGUAUUUACAACUUAAUAUGUACACCUAAACUAAAGAGAUUUCUUUUCCUUCAGAAAGCAAUCUCUGGAAUAUGCCACUGUCAGAUCUUGGCAAUAGAUCUUAGAGGUCAUGGUGAGUAUUGUAAAAAGUAACAAUUACCAAUAAGUAAACUGGUUGCUCAUACGCUUCAAUGAUAAAAUGUUUUACAUCAACCCCCAUAAUAUCAUACAGAGCCUUUGUUACCCUUAUUUGGUGGAAAGGCAACAGAUGCUCUGGAAACACAGAAUUCUUGUUCUAGUUUGAUUGCGUUUGCGUGAAGUUGUUUACCCAUUUUAAAAUUGUUUUGAGGAAGAUGAUUGUGAUGAUGAUGAUGAUGAUGAUGCUGAUGAUAGAUCUUGCAGCAAAGGAAAUCAGGGGUCAGAAUCUAGUUAACAUAGACUUUCUGUGUGGGGCAUACAUCAAGGAUUUAGCCAUAGUAACAAUGGUCCUUAUUGGGAGAUGGCUAGGGCGAUUAUGUAUAUGUUACAGGUAAAAAUUAAAUUCAGGUUAAGAUAUUUUACUCUUGGAUGAUUCUCAAUUACUUUUGUCUCCUAGCCCUAAUUAUUCAUGAAAUAAGGCUAGGAGACUAAAGGAAACAGAGAAUCAACCUAGGUUAAAAAAUUUUAAUCUGAAUGUCAUUUUGACUUGUAACAUAUACAUUGUAGUAAACAGCAGUAUACUUAAUUCCUUAAGGUGACACAACGACCGAGGAUGAUUACAAUUUAUCAGCAGAUGCCUUAGCAAAGUAAGUGUAAGGAAAUUUUUUUGUUUUUCUACUCUGUAGUGCAAGCAGUCAUUUUCUUUCCUCAGAUCAUCAGAACAUGUAUGUGAGCUAACCUUUGGAUAUGUAAAUUAGUAUUGAAAAACAAUGAGGGAGUAUCUAGCACACAAACUUUUUCUCUCUUUGAGAAACAAAAAAUAGUAAAAGGAAGGCACCUCGUGCAAUCUGCUGCUAUUACCACUGCUAUUUGUAAGCAGCCUCAUUAGCUUCCUGAGAUCAGAUGUUGUGUUUGGUGGUAUUAAGACCAGUAGAAACCUCAUUCAAUUUUGAUUUAAAUGAAUAACAUGCAAAGAAACAGAGGUUAUUAAAUCUUUUUAUUGUGUUUGUGAUCUAAUUUUAGAGAUGUGAAAGAUGUUGUGGACAAGAUCUAUGAAGAUGUUGAUUCAAAGCCGAAAAUUCUUUUGGUUGGCCACAGGUAAGCAUUUGUAUGACGAGAGACAUACUACACAUCCUAAAUAAUGUCACCAUGCACAACUACAUGUAAUGAUGCCCGGUCUUCAAGGAACACUAUAAAUUUAUUAGUAGUAGUUUUCUGUCAGUUAUGCCCAAUUCACACUAACUAAACAUGUUUACUUAAACCAGGUUUUUAAAAAAUUAGGAAAAGCAGACACGGAAAACUGGAACUGGAAAACUGUUUUUUCACACAAGAUUCAAAUGAAAUUUAACCCUGUGAGCAACUUCUUCUUUCUGAGGUUGUAAAUGAAGCCAGUCACAACGAGAAUGCGCCUGUGAGCUGCAAAGCUGGGAGGUGGAAAAAUGGAGACUCUCUCUUGCGUCUUCUUUUGUAUGGUGUUCGCAUGUGACUUCUUAUGAUAUCCCUCAACUUGAAAGCAUGUUUGCACAUCAUAAUGUUUUCUUUCUGGUGACAAUUAUAAUAUUUUAUUCAUUUUCGUGUAUAUUUUUCAGCAUGGGUGGGGCAAUAGCUGUCCAUGUUGGAGUUCAGGGAUUGUUGGGCCCAUCUCUAAGUGGUCUGGCAGUUAUUGAUGUGGUGGAAGGUAAAAAACCUUAAUCCUUUAGGCCCUAAGAGUCAUCAGCAUCAAAUUUCUCCUUGUAAUAUUAAUGCUUUGUAAAACAGAGUGGUCAUGAGAAUUAAAAACAUGAUUACCAAGAUGAAUUUGCUUGAUAUUUUAUUAACUUCUCCCCACUACUUCUGUAGGGAAUGAUAAGAGGCAACAAGUAAGAUUUCAAAUUUUGAUCUUUAAGCAACUCUACCUUUGAUACUGAUUUACAGCUGCAAGCAAAGAAAAAAGAAAAGGAAAAUGAAUUACAUAAUAAUACGCUAUUAACGCAGAUCCCACAUAAAAACAAUACACAAGCUUUGAGUUUUCUCAAGUGUGGAAAAAACUGCGAUAGAAACUAUUUUUUUUUCCAGGUACCGCUAUGGAAGCUCUUUCAUCUAUGCAAACAUUUCUUAAAAGUAGACCAUCUACCUUUGGCUCUUUAGAAGAGGGUAUAGAAUGGAGGUAUGGCACAGCUGUUGUCCAACACUGCUCAUUCUUACACUAUGUAGUUAAGCCUGGUUUUUGCUAUUAACAUGAUCACUUGGCUACCAGCUAUUUCUCCAUGUUAUUAUGUAGCUACGUGGAUCUGUAUCUAUGGUAGCCUGCAUAUAGCAUGGCGGUUUUGGUUGGGUGCGCUAAGUAAUAAAGCUUAUAAAAGCAGGCGAGGGCAUAGAAACCACGAGGAGAUUGGGGUGCUGCUCGUGCGCCCAGCUCGACAAAAACACACAAAACCGCCAUGCUACGCAGGCUAUAUCUGUGGUGGCCCUGCAGUUGUAUGGCUAUGAACAAGUAGCUGUUUCACCAUGUGGAUAUGUUGUAGGUAAAGUCCAUUUAUUUCUUAGAUUAAACCAGUGUUAGUUUGAAUUAUCAGGAAUUUCAUCAUUUCCUAUCCAUAAAUACUCAAAAGAGACCAAGGAAAUUCUGGCUUAAUCUGAUAACGAUUUUACCCACAAAAGAUACCUUACUCUGCAGCUACACUUGUAGCCCAAGCUGUACUGAAACCCACAACCUCUUUUCACACUCACGGUAGAUAUUUUAUUCUGAUUGCUAGCAUUUGUUUGACAGACACUUGUUGGCUGAAUGAUUGUUCUUAAACUUGUGGGAUACCCAAAAGCUAUGAAUCUAUGAAUUAUUUGUGCAAAAAGUAAGAUUUCCCUGUUGCCCACAGGCAAUUAAAGUUGCCAGGGAACACCUGGCCUUGCUUGAGCAUAGUUAUGGACUGUUUUGCCAUUUUCCUUUGAAUGUUUGACUUGCUGUUUAAUGUUAGCUUUGUCAAGUAACAUGGUGAGAAUAUAAAUCAUAGCUAGGGGGCACUCAAUUAAGUAAUACUAAGAGCUGUAACAGUUCUGGACCACUGAAUGCACUGAAGUGAUUUAAUUUUUUUUUUCAGCGUACGAAGCGGUCAAAUACACAAUGUGGAAUCAGCACGGGUAUCCAUGGCGGGGCAGUUAAUGAGGUAACAUUGGUUAUUCUUCAAACGGUUUGUAAUACUAUAGAUCGAGCUUUUAGCAAUCAUGAUGGGAUGGGAAUUCUCAGUCAUUUAAAGUUAUUGCAGUCUCCUUCCCUGCCCCCACUUGGCCGAGAGCAUUGCAGAAAUGCCUCACAGAGUGGUUGCAAAGGAGACAAUGAUAAGUUUGAAAGAAUGUGAAUUCGUGAAGGAGAAAGAGAUGAACUUUAUUCUGCCAGUGGCUCAGGUGACUUGGAAAAAAUCUGAGUUCUUCCAACAGGAAUCAAAUUUCCUGCGACCUUCUGGUUAUUAGUGUAGACGUUGUACUACUAAGAUACAAGAGACCUGUGGAAGCUAAGGGCAAGGCUAUAAUUAUAAACUAAGUUCAUGUGUCAAACAUCCUGCUUACUGCUGGGACUAGAAUGUCGAUAUGUAAUUAUGCAUCAUGAUAGAAAUGUGAUGGUAAAUUUUAAGCUUGGUGUUACAUGAGAAAGAUCUUGAUUCAGUCAGUGACACAGGCUUCUUGGAAGAAAAAGUCCAAGUUCUCCCAAUCAAACCUACUACCUUCUGGUUACUAGUCCAGGGCCCACUUGUUUGAAAGGUGGAUAACGCUAUCCACUGGUUAAAUCUCUAUCCAGUGGAUAGCGCAAUUGGUUUCCUUAAUACUUAUCCACUGGAUAGUGAUUUAUCCGGUGGACAGCGCUAUCCAAUGUUUGAACAAUCCGGGCCAGAUGCUCUACCACUGAGCCACAGUAGACUAGUGGUUCAUGUGUGAACAUCCUGCAUACUGCUAGGUUUGGAAUGUACAAAACAUUACAAAGGUACGUGGGAUAUGUGCAGUGUUACAAACGUGAUGGCUCAUUGUAGACUAACAUUGUAUAAUUUUACAGAUGUAACAGCAGUUGUGAGAGUGAGACGGAGAGAUGUUCAUCCAGCUCACCUUCCCCGUCACAUUUUUGUGGUGCAAUAACUGAAGAAUCACAAGAAACAACACUAACAGACACGCCUGAAAUAACAUCAGAGACCCCUACCACUGAUUCCAAGCCAGCGGUGAGCUUUAUAACUCGUGUUUUGCUAUAAUGUAAAUUUGUACCUUUACAAUCAUCACGUCAUGUAAAAGUGAUCAUCUGCAGAUCAUAAAAGGAUCUGGAAAGGGGUUCCUGUGCAUUCCCGCGUUUUUUUCACAAAAAUCCCGCCUCGCGAACAUGUUUCAUCAUUAAAUAUCAGAAUUCUGCACUGUAGUUACGGUCGUUUCUCUACAAAGUCGGCGUUUCGCUGCAUCAUAAGGUCGAUUCGCUGCACCCAACUUUUGGUAUUAAACAGUUUAAAACAAUUUAGAAUGAAAGACAAACGGGAAAUAAACGAGUUCAGUUAGCGAAACGACUUAACAACUUUGCAGCGAAACGACUAUACUCCGGUGUGUCUCCUCCUCUCAAGGCAAUUCGGGCAGAAACCAACUGCGGUCCGGAAUUAGCAGGUAAGCGAUACACACGUCUCUCUUCCGAUUAUUCUGAAGGUCGGAGAUAGAUGAACACGGGCUUUAACACUUGAACGUCUAAAAAAUUAAGGGCAGUUUUUUGUUUUGUCCAUAGGAAGUUAAAGAAAGAUUUCAAUGGAGAAUUGACUUGUCCAAGACGGACCAAUUUUGGAAAGGUGAGUUACGGAAAAGGCUUAUUUUUGGGAGUUGAUAGAAAAUAGUUAUACACAGAUGCACAUUGUAUUUAUUCUGUUUAACUUGCGGUUUUGUCUGACGAGCAAGGAAUUGAGCGUUAAAGGCGCGCGCGGAGCUAACCUGCGAGUAAGCUCUCCAUUUGGAGGAUAUUGCGAGAAAUCACGCGUGAGCGGCACGCGAGAUGACACGCAAGAUGGAGAGCUUUCUCGUAGGCUAGCGCAAAUCGAGACAAGCCGAGCUUUUCGCCACUCUCGCAUGCUCCCCCAAUAGGCUGAUUUAGCAACGGAACGGGAACGUCAUUUGACAACGGGAAAGCGCGCGGUAAGGAGUAAACUCGACUUCCGGUGCCCAGUUUGCUGCGGUGCCAUUGGUCAAACCAGUUGUUUGAUUUGCGCGCGCCGUCGUCAACUUCUGUUUCCGUUCUGCUGCUAAAUCAUUCUAAUAUCCUUCAUAAAACGCCAUCUACGUAGGCACAUUGUAUUUGCUCAAUCGGUUCAAAACUGAUGAGCCAACAUUAUAAUCAGCUCUGAUUUAACUUGUAGGUUGGUUUCAAGACAUGUCAAAAUUAUUCCUCUCCUGUCGUGUUCCAAAGCUUCUUAUCUUAGCAGGUAAUUCAUUUAUCUUCGCGUUGCUGAAAUUACCUAGAAUAGCGUGACUUAGCCGUUUUAAGGGACAUGGUUGCACGGAGAACGCGUUCAAAUUUACGCUACCUCGUUCUCAGGCGGGCUAUCUCCUCCUCUUCGAAGGGUCGAGUAUGAGGGAACCGGGGAGCGAGGUUGCAAAUUUAAGUUGAAGUACAUUUAGAGUUUCAGAAUACCUUAAGACUGAUCCUUCAUUUUUUUUCAGGUGUUGAUCGUCUUGACAGAGACCUCACCAUAGGUCAAAUGCAAGGUUUGUACCGUAGGCAAUUUUUCUGAAUUUUUUUUUUCAAUUUUUCUGGAGUUGAGUUCUUAAGGACUGUAUCAAAGUUUUAAAAAGGAACUAGAAAAUCGUUGUCUUGUGUCCACGUCCUCCAGGCGGAAACGUGACCAUUCGGCAGUUUCAUGUCGUAGUCUUGCAACGACGGCAAAGAUAUGAACAAACUGAGCCUGGCCCCAGUUGUUCAAAAGCUGGAUAGUGCUAUCCACUGGAUAAAUCUCUAUCCAGUGGAUAGCUUUUAGGGGAACCAAUUGCAUUAUCCUCUGGAUAGAGAUUUAUAUGGUGGAUAGCACUAUCCAACUUUUGAACAAUUGGAGCCUGGUGCACAUCCAAAGUUGUUGGUUAACUUAUCUGAACCUUUUGCUUUUAUAGUGUUUUAUGACGUUCUCAUAGUCGUCGUCGUUAUAAGCUUCGUAAUAAUAAUAGCUGCCUGGAAUUGUUUAACGUAAAUCUAUCUUUUGAAAGAGUUGAUUAAGUUAGAUUUCUUUGAAAUUAAUGACGACACUUUAGAUGUUAUCUAAAAGCUGAAAAGUGUUUAGAUGGAGAGAGAAAGAUCUUAGAAGGCGGAUCAUCCUAGCGCCAUAUGUUCCCUGUUUUUGGUUUACAUGCAAAGGCUUGUACUUUUCCUUAGCGUUAGGAUCUUCCUUGCUGCCUACGCUAAAAAGAUCCUAUUGUUCUUCCCGUCGCCAUUUUUGCCUAGUUUGUCCCCCGGAUGCUCCUAAAAACCGUCACAAACAUCAUAAAAAGAAUAGCCCCGGGAAGGUUCGUUCUGUGGCUAAUCACGAUAGUAAAGGCCGACAAUUUCGUUUGGCGUGACCACGAUUUGAUUCAUGUGAUAAUUACAUUUUUUUUGUCGCCCGUUAUUUUUAAUUCCUUCUCGAUCUUUCUUGGGCACCACACGGACCGAAAUUUCUGCAUGUAAACCCAACGAAAGGUUGUUUCGCCUUUAACGAUCUCCCUCCCUCCUCGGUGGUAAACAGCCGCUAUAUUAAUUUUCUAUGUUCAUUGUGUUUAGGUCAAUUCCAGUUGCAAGUGUUGUCUCGAUGUGGGCACAGUGUCCAUGAAGACGCCCCCGAUAAGGUUAGAAGCAGUUAACGUUAAAACGCUGAGGGCGUCUUGAUUUUUGUCCUUUUAAAGGAUUUGUUUGGAACCCAAGGACUCUUUUAACGGAUUUCAACAGAUCUAAUGUGAAUAUGAAAGUUCUAAAGUGCUGUUUCGGAGGUUUCAAUUAAAUGGUCACACCUUAGGAUUUCGCACUAGCAGGUUAGAACAUUACAUCUCACUGACACAACGUUAUACAAAACAAAUUAUGUCUCCUUUUUGCUGCAGGUUGCAGAAGUUCUGGUAGCUUUCCUGGUGCGUUUAAAACUUGCACAGGCGAAGGAAAACUUUCGUAGGUAA